GCUCAUCAAACUAGAGUAUUUGAUACGUGAAAAAUUGGAACUAAUAAUAUUAAUAAUAUAUAACGAUAGACAUACAUAUAUGUUUGGAGGAGUUAGAAAACAGCAUACAGUGGCCGCCUGAAACUCUCCAUAUUAAUCCAAUCCUCAAUAAUUAAGUUACAUCUGAUCUAACCAUAUCAGAAGCCAAUUACCGCCAUGAAUAGUACUGCUUCUUCUUCCAUGGCAAUUGCUCUGUAUUUUCUACUGGGAUGCAGCAUCAUCCAUUUCCCUUCCACCCAAGGCAAGGCCACGUGCAGCGGAGGAAAGUUAAAGUCCGGCGACCCUCUAGCGACGGCGAGGGGCAAAGUUUUUGGUACCUUAAUGACCAAAACUUUCUCUGCGUACUACAAACAGCGCUGUACUUAUGACACUGCCACCGGCACCGGCGCAACUAGCAGCACCAUGUACGUAUACGGCGUCGCGAACUGUGUCGUUUUGUCCUCGAGCUGCGGCGGAGAUGAGUACUGUUCCGCCAGAUACCAGCAGUGCUCGACGUGUCUGAGAGAAGCUCGGCGUCGUCUCAUGAAGAAAUGCGGGAAGCGAGUCGGCGGAUUUGUUGUUGUUGUGCAGAAACCACUGCAGUGUAGUUUGCAAUUUUCGGAUCGACGGCUUUGCCCUUAAUUACAUUCUGUUUUGAUCUCAAAAUUUCUAUUAAUUGCAUGCUGCAGUCGGGGAGAAAUUUUACAAUGCUAUAUAGUAUUGGUGCUAUAGGUUUUUUUCUUUACGGUACAACUUGAAAUUGUACCUUUAACGUUAUGGUACAACUUUAGAUUAUACUUAUACUGUUUGUACAAAUUCUUUUAUGGUACAACUUGAACUUGUACAUUUAUGUGAUGGUACAACUUCAAGUUGUAAAGUUGUACCAUAACAUAAUCGUACAAAUUCUUUUGUGGUACAAUCUAAACUUAUACAUUUCAUGUUAUGGUACAACUUUAAGUUGUACAUUAAAAACACCGAUACUAUAUAGUAUAGUAGAAAUGCUCGCAGUCGUGUGGGUUUAUUUGUUUGGAAUAAAAUCAUCAAAUCAGUACUUCGUCAUAGUUUUAUUUUUACAGGAAUAUAAGUUUAUUUUUUUGUUGUUUAGGUUUGAAACCACUAGAUUUAAAGUUAGUAAUUUUACUACUAGAUCAAGUAAUUGUUCGUUACUUUGUCUAGUUUUAUGUCACAAAAAAAUAACUUUUUUUAACUCCAAAUUCAGUUUUGAAAGACAUUUUACCCCAAUUGUACUUUAGGACGAAAAAAUUCAUGAAAACGUCUAGUUGUAAUUGAAUACGCACACGUGGACCUCCCUCCCACAGGAGAUAGAUAAAUUCUUAUACAAGUGUCGCCAAAUUAAAAAAAAAAAAAAAACAUUAGUCUAGUCAACAUUUAAAAUGACACUGUUAAAGUUUUGAACGAAAUUGAAAAUUUUGUGUAUUAAUGAGAAAUUGGCAUCCACAUGGCGUCCUCGUUGGUGUCUUGUUAAUGUAACUGACGGAAUCUCUAACGGUGUUGAAGUUUUUAACGGAAGUGACUAAAUUUGUCAACAAUGUUUCUAAAAUCAGGACUUUUUUUGUAUUUAUCAGAAAUUGACUAUUAUUGUCACAAAAUCAAUAGUUAUGACUAUACAAGACAAUUUUGCAUUAUUUAAAUAUAAUUAUAAUUUAAAUAUUCAUUUCUUACAACUUACGAAGACGGAUAAUUAAUAGCCGCUAAACAAAUAUUUUAGCAGGCUAAAACAAUAAGUUUGCUAGGUGGAUGGACAAUAUCUAGAUCUGAUUCAUAUGAUUCUGGUAACGGUGGAAAAAUGGGUGGAUGGGUUGCCUCUGACUUCUAUUAUGAAAAUAGUCUACACCUCUUCAACAUUUUUCGAAUGAUGGUGUUUGGUGUAUGGGGAAUCUACGUUAUCUUACACUACUCUUAUAGAGAUUCCUUGAGAGCUCUGCGACUACAACUAAAACUACUGCUACGGAGAAUCCUUCAUGGAGUAGAGCUCCGUAAACUAUAGAGAAAAAGAAAAAAAGGACAGUUGAGACAAGUAGUCUUUGUGUUGGAUUGUAUUUGUCUGCCUCUCUCCAGAAGGUUGCUUCAACUUCUGUUUCCCAGGGUCGUCCAACUGCUCGCUCUCUGCUCCUACCGAAAAGUAGCUCGCUUAGCCUCUACGCAUGUCAGUUAUCGUCGUAGGAAGUCUAUGUACACCUCAUCAUGUCAUCCUGUUUCAACAUGGUACUACAAGAAAACUAGGCUUUAGAAGUAAAUAAUUAGAGACAGUUAUUGCAUUAGUCUCUAUAUCUAAUCUAUGAAUGCAUAUAUAUUAUCUGCUUCGGUAUAUUCUGUUAUUUAUCUCUGUAUCGUAAAUUUUCUUACAUUUUUUAUGUGAUAAAAUUAAAUUAAAACUUUUGGAGACGAUUAUAACAUUUGCUCCUAUAAAGUAUACUAGUUAUUUUGUUCAAAACUUUAUUAUGCGCUUUGACAUCGGAAAGGAGAUCAGGCCUAUGAAUUAGGAUGGAACGGGAUGUAUUUCCGUCGAUGGAAGCACGAUCUGCCGGCGAUUCCAUGGUUGACUGAAUAAAAUUAAAUUAAAACU